UGAACCUCCAUCAUGCCGGAAAGAUCGCUCACCUUUCCAUCGAAGUGACCCUCUAGCGCAAGAGACCAACUUGCCUUCUUUCCUCGGACUCGCCCUAACCACAGCAGGAAUUGAACUCGCGGCCUAUCAUCAAAAUUCGAAAUUGCCCUAGUCCCCAACGCCGACGCCGCCGCGAUCGUCAUCGGCUCUUUGUCUUCCGCUCAUUGUCCUGAGCUUUCAUGUCGAAUGCACGCGACAGCCAGCAUCUUCAACAACAAAGACACCCUUCAUAACUCUCGACUUCGAACGCAGCGACAUGUCUGUCGUUUCGACCAUGGCGACCGCCAACUCAGCGCCAGCGUUCGGCCAGACGCUCGCCCUUACGGGCUCUACACUCCCUUCGUCUACUUCCGAGCCAACACGCCCCCUUACGCAUCGCGACACCAUCGAUCUCGCUGCCGCUGCUUCGCUAGACGCACUCGCGGCCCGCCCGCGCUUCGCUGAACUGGCCAAGUCGAUGCGCUCUCUGGCAGGCAGAAUCAGACUCGGGGUGGCGGUCGGGAAGUGGGACGAGGAGACGCUGUCGAGGGCAGAUGUGCCGGAGACGAUAGCCCACGCCCAGGAUACGGGGGAAGGCCCACACCGAUCGCCGCAGAAUGCGGAGAAGGAAGCGAACGCAGACCCAGCCCUGCGAAGCGCGUCGAUCAAUGAUAUGGAAAUGGCCGUCGACGACGAUGAGUCUCGCGCCUCGGGCAGCCGCGUCUCCCGCUCGGGCUCAGACUCGGAGGAGGAGCCCCUGUCCAGCCAGCACAGGACGACGAAAGCUUUCAAGACGCAUCCCCGAAGCCCGGAGGUCAGCGCCCCCAACUUAGUCCCCCUCUCCAAGCGCCAGCGCGUUACCCUGAUCGUCAAGUCCCCAGCGCGCCGAUCCCCAUCCCCCUCCUCCUCUGCCGAAGACCGUACCCCCAGCCCGCCGCCCCGGCGCACCGUAUCGUCUCCCUCCCCCUCCGACGACGGCUCGGACUACGACGCGGCUCGCGACCCCGCGCACGAGUUCGUGUGCGACGUCGCCGGCUGCGGGCGCACGUACAAGUACGCGGGCGCGUUCUGGAAGCACAUGGCGCGGCACGAGCAGGAGACGCUCCUGCGCGACGAGGCGUGGGGCAAGAUUUCGACCACGAAGAAAGGGAGGGGCGGCUCGGCGAAGCGGGGCAGUGGGAUGCCACGGCGGGGAGGCGGCACAUCGCACCGGGGCGGCGCGACCGCCCGCAGAGGCCACGGCUGGACGAAAGUUGGUCGGCAUCGCGAAAACGAGGACGGGGAGUCGGACGCCGAGUCGGGCCCGGUGUACGACGAUGGACUGGUCCGCCCGUUUGGGUGCGACUAUCCGGGCUGCGGGCGCGCGUAUACGCAGAGCGGGUCGCUGCACAAGCACCAGAAUCAAAAGCACGGAAGUACGCGCGCUCAGCGAUCCGCUCACGAGGAAGAGGAAGAGGAGGAGGAGGAGGACAGCGACGUGCCGUCGGAGCCGGUUCGCGCCGUGCCUUCCAAGCUCGUUCGCGAUGUGCCUUCCAAGCCGGUGCGCUCGCUCGUGUGCUCGUGCGGGAGGGAGUUCAAGAAGGCGAAUGGGCUGGCGAUCCAUCGAAAGGCCACGAUGCACAGAUGAUAUUGUCCGCAUUGUGUCCUCUCAGCGCCACUACAUGCCUCGAGGUUACUUCUAGGAGAUAUCGACCUGAAAGACAACGAAAUUACUGGAGUCAUCGUCGGCUCCCGUUGUACAGUAUCUGGAUUUUGUUAUUCCGUAUGUUAUCCUCGCCUGGGCAAUGUUGGGUACCAUGUACUCUUUGUAAGAUAAGUAGACGUGUAGCACUUUCGAUACCUGACAUCCUUUCCUUG